AUAUGGGAAAUCUACAUGAUUUAGAGACAUCAAGAAAGAGUAUAAUUUGAGGCAAGAAAAAAAGAAGAUGGCUUCUAAGCUCAAGCAAUGUGGAAUGCUGGUUACUGCAAUGCUUAUGGUGGGAGUAAUAGUUGGUUGUGAGGGUAGAAGUCUAAAGACGACAGUAUAUGAAACGGAUAAUUUUGGUGGUGGUGGAGGGUUUGGCGGCGGUGGUGGAGCCGGAGGAGGAUUCGGUGGUGGUGCUGGAGGAGGAUUUGGUGGAGGAGCUGGUGGCGGAGCUGGAGGAGGCUUUGGAGAAGGCGCUGGAGGAGGCGCUGGUGGUGGCUUUGGGGGAGGCGCAGGAGGAGGAGGCGGUUUUGGCGGAGGGGCUGGUGGAGGUGGCGGCUUCGGCGGUGGAGCUGGUGGAGGCGGGGGAUUUUAGCUCGUUUAACUUCCUUGUUUUUUAAAUAAUGAGCGUGGUCUUAUUGUAGCUGUGAUAGUAGUUACGAUAAUCUUGUUCUUUAAUUUCUAUGGAUCUCACAUGAUUCAUCUAUUCUGAUCAAUGUUAGCAUGAUUAUAUGUUUUCAAUGAACUGAAAUUGUUCUAUUAUAAUAUAAUGUAUAAUGGAGCCCAAUAACCCUCUUGUUUU